AUGUAUAGUCUAGUUUCAUUUACCACCACAUGUGUCGCCCCAGUCAGUAGUUUACUAAUCCCUGUUGCUCGUAUAAGGUGUGAGUGUUUGAGUAAUGGCGCUUUUGCACUGCCUACAUUUUGAGUUUUGAAGAAUGAAGUACUGGUUGAAAGUGUUCUAAAACACGAGUAGAAAUGUGCUAAUGAUUCCUCAAGUCUGCACAGAUAUGCUCAUUUCCUAUCUAGACUUCUCUACCAGUGAAACAUGGACUUUGUGCCGUAUCAUCCUACACACACGUAACGCAGUGUGACGUUUCCACCCCUUACCUACAAGCUUGUCUGGAAACAACUGUCUCCCUGAUCUUUCAGCUCUGGAACGACGUUGUACGUGUAGCAGAGAAGGACCAGGAACGAUUUCUGACUUGUCGCUUUUAUUAACGAAGAGAACUGUAAACUAAUGAGAAUAGCUUUUUUUCACCUACUGUACAAGUAUGUCUGAUGAAUCGUACCAAUAACAAAUAUGACCAGACUCUAUAUAAAAUGUAAACGGAUAUAUGUUAGUAGGUGUUCAUAAUUUAGUGAAUUAUAUGUGAUACAUUUUCUGAUUUUGAACUAGGUAAGCUUUACUGUAGUUAAUACGCUUCCUGAUUACGUAUUUACUGCCACUUCUCUUUCAAGUUAAGGUGUCUCAUGAUUAGGUUCUUUUUACAGUUGACACGCCUGAUUACAUACUAGUGCUUUUUCGAUAUUCAUUCUAGUUGAUAUUGUUACCGUCGGUAUGGGCCAUGAUUAUACGUGAUUGUUUUUCGCUAUGAUUACGCAUUCUUACAUGAUUUAUGCUUUAGUGCUUACGACUGCUUUUACGCUUCCAAAAAAAGUACUCUCUUCAUUUGAUAUUAUUUGAUUAUGUAUGGAAUUGAAACUUUACACCGUUGUUACUUCUCUCUGGUCUUUAAACUGUUGUUCAACCCAUAAUGCUGUAUUAGAUACUCUCUACAGUUGAUAUUAUCUGAUUAUGUAUGGAAUUGAAACUUUACAUCGAGAAGAAGUAACAACGGGUCUUUAAGCUGUUGUUAGUUACCUCACACCCCCUACGAUGCUGUAUUGUGAUCUUCCCGCGAUGGUUACAAUAUCAAAUCUUUAUGAAAUAUGUGAUAGCAGUGUGGAUAUCAAUUGAGCUGUGUGAUCAAAAAAUCCAUCACAUCAAGAAAGGUAAACUUAAGGUAAUCAAUAGAAGCAAUGUCUAGCCUGUCCACUCGUGUUCUGCAGGUUCUUACACCACUAACAGCUGCCUUGUCUCUUGUGGUUCAGAGCAUUGCCCUCUGCUCUAAUACUUGGUUUCAUAGCGAAGAGCUCAUGAAGAAUCCACAAUACAACGGAUCAGGAGACAGUGAGUUUCUCUCAAAGUUUACCGUCUCGGGUUUAUGGAGUAUUUGUUACACAGAUCCUGGAAAGCUCGAUAUGCGCUGCACUUACAUAGACUAUUUUCCCAAAGAAGAAUACAGUCCGGACCCAAAUGAUUCAACAAUGUCAAUCCCCUACGCGAUGAAGCGAGCUGCCACUUUUAUCUUUUUGAGCUCGUUCACCUUAACAGCUGGGGAACUCCUCUUUCUUCUGGGCCAAUUUAUCAAAAAAUACCGAGUUCUUAUCUUUGCAGGAGGAAUUUCAUUUGUUAUCUCAGGUCUUCUCAUCUUAAUGGGAGUCGUCAUCUACAUAUCAAGUUUUAAAGCUGAGGUUGGCAGCAAGCUUCAAUCCAAGUCAUCGUUUCAAGGGCCAUUAUUGAGCUACCGUUAUGGUUAUUGUUUUAUCUUAGCUGUGACAGGUAUCCUGUUGUGUGAAUUGUCUGGAAUAUUUGCAAUCUCUCUGUAUAUCCAUUGGUAUAAGUAUGAUUACAAAAAAGAAAAUGAAAGACUGAAAUAUUUUGACUUUGUUUUGCCUGAAGAUGACAAACUUACAACACGAUAUCAUCCUACGCAAGAUUAUUCUCAAGAGUCCUCAUUUUGCUCGUCUCUCUCCAGAGGGCGCGUUACCGACAAUGGAGUAUCCCUUUCAAUAUCUAUGCGUGACUUAAAGUGUCACCACUUCCCUCGUCUUCCCCGUGAUAUAACCUGUAAUACCAUGUCCACAACUGCAGAUUUUCACGUCUACAAGGAAUGUUCCAGAGAAGUGCUGUACGAUGACCUUCCCCGAUCCACAGUUGUUUGAAUAGAGUUUACUCUAGAGAUUAAUAAUCUGCUCAGAAUAGGCCAGAAACAAAACCUGCUGCUUAAUUACACGUGAUUCCUCGAUAAGCUUAAUAUAGUCUUCUUUCGCAUGUCUUAAUUCUCAUACGUUUAAAACUAGCAUUAUUUCUCACGUAAAACAGUGACGAAGUCUUUCGUCUAGUUUUACUACUGACUCAUACAGCCUGCGAUCCAGGUUCAACACUUUCUUAAAUAUUAGUAUUAUCAUAUAAACCUGGUAUUCCUUAAGAUUUCAUAAAACUAGAAUAAAUGCUUGUGUACAGUAAAGUACCCAUGAUGAAGUGGAAAACACUGUCUUCCCGAUCGAAGCACGCCAAUUAUUGGCAUAAAAUGAUAAUCAAUAAAAAAUUUCAUUUUCAGCAGUUUUUCUCAGUCGUGUUAAAAGUGUUAAACUUGAUGGAAUAAUUUAAUAUUGGUGUUUCAGUAGGUAGAUAUAAAUUGUGUAGUAUUAGCACUAUUUAAAUUACGAUCAACACUGGUUUCAGCACUUUCCAGUUUCGAGAUAUCAUAAGCUACCAGAGAAUUAUUUGCCUUCAUAAUGCCAUUUAAAAAUAACAUACUAAAAAGCCAGGUCUAACAUGAAAUACGUUGGCUCAUAUCAGGCAGCAAAACUCAGGUCAUGAUUAGGUAAAUAUCAUCAGGUCAGCUAGGUCAGUCACCGAGAUUUGACAUAUAGUGUCGAAUGAAAUGUUUCAUAUAAUAAGGUUUAUUGCCAAAUCUAAUUGGCAUGAUGGCUAAACUACUCGACUCGCAGUCUGUGGGUCACGGGUUCAAAUUCCCGUCCCACCACAUAUGCUCGCCCCUUCAGCCGUGGGGGCGUUUUAACGUGGGGGUUAAUCCUACUAUUCGUUGGUAAAAGAGUAACUCUAGUCUAUCACUGCUAAAUUAAGGCUGGCUAGCGCGGGCACCACUCGUGCAGCUUUGCGCGAAAUUCAAAUGAACUUUCAUUUUCCUUGUUUCAUACUAUAGUUUUCCAAGCCCUCAAGGUCAUGAAACCCCUAAAUGUCUGUCAGAAUUGUACAGUGUUAGUUAUCUAGAAUACAUGUACAUUUUCUUUCUUUGUUUAAAUUCUCCAAUAGGGAGACGAUUUCCACUAGUAAGAUUUUACAUCUCAUUACAUAUUGGGUUAGCACUUAACUGGUUAUAUCACAAAACUGUCUCGUGUGAACAGCAUGAGACACCUUAGCUGUUUUUUUAAGUCCCAACCUUUCUUUACGAAACAGCUACAGUGUCGUAGAGAUCUGCACAGGCCGAAAUUUUAGAAGUUUACCCGGCCCGGCGGUUAUCUGGUCAGAACCCGACGGAUUUUACAAUAUGUUUCUCGAGCCUGCCCAAUUCACGAUUUUCUUCACACUAAACUCGACUUAGGCCCGAAGCUUAAACGAAGUAUUACUCACAAGAUCGGCAGCAUCGGUUGAGAGUGGGAAGGUCAAGGCGAACAAUUUUUAUGUUCCAGCCUGCCAAGAUAGAGAAUGAUGAGGUAAUAAUACAAACUGUUAUAUUAACUACAUUUAAUGUAUUACCAGCCUCAACCAACUCUCUGCAUUGUUACUCCAUGUUAUUGUGCAGAAACAGUCUACAUUUUCACUGCUUAAACAAUGUACUUAUCAAGAUUAUGGUUGCACUUAAUAUGGUCGUUUUAACAAUUGAUUCAAAAGAAGUGUCAGACAUUAUUUGUAGGAUUACAAAUGUCCUUAAAGCGGUGCCUCUGAUACCGAGCAUAAAAAAUUAUGAAACUAUCAAAUAAGUAUUGGUUUGCCACAGCUAUGGGGUUAGGUUACCUUUUUUCAAAAAAUAUAUUUUUUAAACAAAGUUGAAAAAAUUAAGCGAAAAGUCCGAGAAAUCCUGAUCUUUUACAAAUACGUUUUACAAAAGUCUUUUCAUCCAAGCCCGACCCCAGAUCUUUUUUUUGUUGUUGUUAUUGUUAUUACCCAUUCAGCGGAACGGGUUGGUUCGAAACCCACCGGCCAGGCCCGGGCCCGUGUAGACCUCCUAAGUGUCGUUUUAAUUCACUAAUAUAUUGUGAUAUCUAGUUCAACCACGUAUUUAACACAUAUGAGUUCCAACGUUCUUUUUUUUUUGUAAACGUAUAUAUUUAUACAGAAACAUCCUACAUAUACACAGCAAACAGGGAGUGUUGAAAUCAUAUGUUGGUUACAGUUGUUUGAAAUCAGUUUUCAUAAGUGAAGGUAUUUACUUUUAAAUGUAUACAUGACGGAACUAGAACUGUUAUUGUGCAGAUCUGAUGAUGACACACUUACAAUGCAUUAUGAACGAAUAUCUUUUGAUUAGAUUCAGUAUUAAUAACAAAAUACUAGUAUGUUAUUGGAGAAAAUGAAUGUCUUAACGUGUUUAUUCAAAUAUAUUUAAUUGUAAAAUACUUUGCAACUAUCAUACCAAGGUUAUAUGAUUACAUAUGUAAAUCCUGUAGUCAUUCUAAUAAGCUGAUGUCUACAUAACGAUGUCAUUUUCUUAAUAUGAGUGACAUUGUUUAGAAGAGUUAAUAUUUACUUAAAUAUCUUAUCUAUAAUAUGUAUUCAAUCACACUAUUUCCCUUCUCUUUUUAACCACCAGCAAAAAUGUAAUCCUAUGUACCACUACUUUGAGAAUAAUGUAUGUAGAGAACGAAACAAAAAUGUUGAUAAAUAAGAACAUAAUAUAGUAAUUUAAGCUGUGUGUGUAUGACUCUAAUGUUUUAUUAAAGUAUUAGUAGGCUGGAGGUGAUGCACCACUAUUUUCGUAUUAAACUGUAGUCAUUAAAAGUGUUUUGUUUCCUUCUGCUUAGGCAGUUGUCACAAAAAUAUUGUAAAUUUUGCCAUUCGUUAGGCUAUGCUACAUUCUUGAUCUAUGUUAUUACUUGAUUUAUCAUGAUGAAUUGUUGUUACAACGAAUUCUCAUUAAAAUGUUGCAUAACCCUGAAUUUCCUUCUAAAUAAAUUUGUGAUUAUA